AUGGCGGACGUGGCUGUCAGAACGGAUGAUUCAUAUAUUUGUAGAGCUAUGCAUGCUCUGCCUUUCAAUGCUGUCUACGAUGACAACCAGAGCAAAUCUUCCAGUACGGUGAUGGUUCGGGAUCAACUAUUGUUUGCAGCUGAUAGGUUGCAAAAUAAGAUAGAGGAAGAAGUGCUAGUGCCUAAUUUUGCUGCUCAUGAUUCUAUACGCGCCCAGAGUGACUUUGAUGAUAUCCAAACUGAUAGGAUGUCGAGAGAAAAUACCAUGUACAAGCCUAGGACAAUUGAUAAAGAUAUCUUUACGUUCCAAAAUCAUACGGCAAGAGGUUCAUGGCAAGAUCAUCAUAUAGCUAACAUCAAAAACAACCUAGACAACGAUACACUACAUAUCAUCUUGGAUCACAAACAGAAGAUAUUAUCUCAGUGGUACCAUGGAGAUAUGAAGCUCAGCAAGGGGAAACUACUGCAGGAGUUUGAGCUAGAGUACUCUGAUCCAACAGCCAGUACAGUUAGACCACCUAGGAAAGAAGGAGGCGAUGUUUUGAUAGAAGCGAUAGUAAGCUUUGCUACAGGUACGAGUGUAACAGAGCAUGGCGGCCUUCAAAUUCAACGACAAGGAACACAGCAAGCAGGAUCACAGCAAACACUGGAACCACAGCAAGCAGGAUCACAGCAAACACCGGAACCACAGCAAGCAGGAUCACAGCAAACACCGGAACCACAGCAAUCAGGGUCACGAGCUGGACAACCAGAAACACUAGAAAAAUACCACAAUAUAAUGAAGCCCAGAUACUGCAAAAAAAAAAAAAAGGACAACGCAGUGGUGCUGACGCCUUGCGUCUUACUCCGGCUGCAGCGGCGCAGUGUAAAGAAUGGUACUUACAAGGCCUAA